AUGCUUGUGACUCUUCUCCCCCUUCUUGCCGGCUUGGCGGCCGCUUCUCCUCUGCAGCAGGACAUGGUCGUCAAGCAUGCCUUGCCCGCCGUGCCCAGCGGGUACGAGGUCAAGUCUGCCGCGCCAGCCAACCUCAAGAUCAACAUGCAGAUUGGUCUCAAGGAGCAGAACUUGGACAAGCUUCAGGAGCGUCUCCUCGCGAUGAGCAACCCCGACCAUGCCGACUAUGGCAAGCACAUGUCUCGUGAUGAAGUGGAGGCCCUCACUGCUCCUUCGGCGACGACUGUCUCUGCUGUCAACGAUUGGCUUGCCUCUCAUGGAGUUACUGCCGGCAAAAUCUCCAACGGCUUCAUGAACAUUCAAGUCACUACCUCACAAGCUCAAAAGAUGCUCGCCGCUGAGUACAAGGUUUACCACAGCGUCGAACGUAACCACACAACAGUUCGUACCACCGAAUACAGCUUACCAAAGAACAUUCAUGGAGAAAUCUCCACUAUCCAGCCCACGACGCUCUUCAGCAACAUGGGUCUCAUUCGUCCCAUGGUGACUCCUCUUUCAAAGGAAGCCUCUCAGAUCAAUGCGCGCGCUUCUUGUGGCAGCACCAUCACGCCAUCCUGCCUUCGAUCACUCUACAACAUAAACUACACGCCUCGCAAUGGCCAGACCGCCAUCGGUAUUGCCGGCUACCUCGGAGAGAUUGCCAGCCAGAGUGAUUUGAGCACCUUCCUCGGCGAAUACACCAGCAUUCCUCAAUCGACUGCUUUCUCUGUUGAACUGGUUAACGGUGGCUCCAACAGCGGCUAUGGCACCACCGAGGCCAACCUCGAUACCCAGUACGCUAUGGCACUAUCCUACCCCAUUAGCAACGUCUUCUACGAGACUGGUGGAAGCCCUCCCUUCAACCCCGACGACAGCACCCAGUCAAACACCAACGAGCCAUACCUUGAGUGGCUCAACUACCUCGCUGGAAAGAACAGCGUUCCUCAGACUAUGAGCUCGUCUUACGGUGACAAUGAGCAAACUGUCCCUCGCGACUAUGCUGACACUGUCUGCAACCAGUUUAUGAAACUUGGUGCUCGUGGUGUUAGUGUGCUCGUCAGCUCUGGUGACGGUGGUGUCGGCGGUGGCCAGCCUUCUCAGUGCUACAGCAACGACGGCUCCCAUCGCUACAUGUUCCUUCCUACCUUCCCUGCCUCUUGCCCAUGGGUUACCGCUGUUGGUGGCACCACUGGCACCAACCCUGAGCGUGCUGCUUCUCUCUCUAGCGGAGGUUUCUCCAACUACUACUCGGCUCCUGACUAUCAGAGCAACCAGACUGCCGCCUACGUCAAGAACCUCGGCAACACCUACAACGGAUACUACAACCCCAAGGGUCGCGGUAUUCCUGAUGUUGCUGCCCAGGCUAUCAACUACGGCAUUGUCAUCAACAACUUCAAUAGUGGUGUAUCUGGUACUAGCUGCUCUGCUCCGGCUUUCGCCAGCAUCAUUGCCCUGCUCAACGACUACCGCAUGUCCAAGGGCGGUGCUCCUCUGGGCUUCCUCAACCCCUUCCUCUACGGCAAGGGUGUUUCUGGCCUUGUUGACAUUACCUCUGGAAACAACCCUGGCUGCCAGACCAACGGCUUUUCCGCCGCGCGUGGUUGGGACCCCGUCACUGGCAUGGGAAGCCCCAACUUUGGUACUCUCAAGACCCUUGUUUAAAAGCAUUGAAGUGUAAAGCAGUUGGCUGCUACAAGGACAAAUAUGGAAGAGAAAAUAUCCGACGACCUCUGAUGGAAUUUGCAGCUUAUCAAGUACAUAGUAUAGCACAGUAAAAUAAGAACAAUCUUUCAGAA